AUGCACACCCGUGUUUUUGUCUCCGAAACCCGUGAAGGUCAGCAGAUUCUGGUGCUUUUCUACGAGGCCGCCUGUGUUUUUUCCAACUUCUAUCCGGCCGAAUUCAAAAUAAAACCGGUUGAGGAGCGCGAGAAAAUCGAGCGAAAAGUGAAGAAAGAUGGGGAAAAAGAGCUGAAAUUCAGUUGUAGCGAACAAUAUUUCAUGUGAGUUUCAGAACAAUUUCAGAAAACAACUGGUGCUCACAGGUACCAAAAAGCCGUGUUAGUCGGUGAUUUGGAGACUGCGCGAAAAAUUCGAGAAGAGUCGAAUCCGAUGAAAAUGAAAGUGUUGGGAAGAAAGCUGGAAAUGAGCAAGGAGCAGUUGCACAAGUUUCUCGGAAUUUGCUUUUUGAAAAAAAAUCUAAAAAAUGUUCAGAUGGUCCCAAAUAUCUCAAGAAGCCAUGUACAAUGCGUGUUUUGCUAAAUUCGCUCAAAACAAAGACAUCCGCGCAUUUUUGUUCCGCACUCACGGAAUGAAGUUGGUCGAAGCGUCUCCGAGCGAUACAAUUUGGGGAAUCGGUCCGUAAUUCGACAAUAUUCAUUUCGCAAAUCGAAUAACUUUCAGGUUUGGCAAAAACGAUAAAAGGGCUGAAAAUGAGGAGACGUGGCGAGGCUCGAAUUGGCUCGGAAAAGUGUUGGACCGGGUUAGAGACGAGUUGUGGGAGCGCGAAGAGUUUCGGUGAGAAUUUGACGUGGAUAGCAAUUUUUUCAAUAGUUCUUUUGAAUAGUUCUUAAUGCUCACGAUGAUUUCGGUCAUUUUGAGCGCAAACUGGGGUCUGUGGCAUUUUUUUGAAAAAAGUUAUGAUUUUUCAAAGUUGAGCAUCACUUUUUCCAGAUCCGAACGUGAAGCGAUCAGUGCUGAAUCUCUGGAAACCCGUCGUCAGCUAUUGGAGCAUUAUUUUAAGAUAUAA